AUGCCAAUGGCUGACCCAGACGUUUCAACACAGAGUGGGGGCUAUGAUGUGGAGCUGUUUGUGGACCCUCCAGACUACGAUUUGAUCUGCACCAUUUGUCAGGGGGUCUUCAGAUGUCCAGUGAGAAGUGCGUGCCACCACAUCUUCUGCAAGAAAUGCAUCUUACAGUGGCUAAAAAGACAGGAGACCUGCCCCUGCUGCAGGAAACCAGUAAAUUCAAGCUUGAUCUUUGUCAUGUUCAAGCUGAGCAAAUCGAUUGGACGCAUGAAAAUAAAGUGUAAAAACCAGAUUCGUGGAUGUACAGAAACCUUCACCCUCUCAGAGCAGUACUGUCACAGCAUGGGCUGUCUGUAUGAGCUUAUCCCCUGCCCGUACCAGGGCUGCAGAGCGCAGCUUCUCCGCAGGGACCUGGAAACCCACGCACGCCACUGCGAGCAUUGGCGGCAGCCCUGCCACAUGGGUUGUGGGACAAUACUCACUCACAGCACCCAGGCUCAGCACAACUGCUACAAACAGCUGAGGCAGGAGUAUGAGACCAGGCAGAGGAACCACAGAGCUAUUGCUACGACCCUACAGAGGAAGAUGAGGAGAAUGCAAAGCACCAUGGCCCACAUGAGGAGGCAAAUAGGAUUAAUAUAUGAAAGCCUGGAGGUAAUGGAUGAUUUGCAUGAGGUGGAGGAGGAGGUGGACCUUGGAGAGAGCAGCAGCAGCAGCUCCAGUGGGACUUCAAGCAGCAACAGCAACUGUUAAGGGAGCACAUUGCUCUUGUGUUCUCCUGCUUGUGUUUGUUUCCUGCAGGUGAUGUGCUUAAAAUGAAUGAUUAUUUGACAAUUUUGUACUGUAGUUUUAAUUAUUUUUAAAUAAAUUAUUCAACAUUGAA